CUCGAGCGUGGCCCCGCCCCCCGGCGGCUGCGGCGGCCAGCAGCGGAGGAAGGCGCAGUUCUGCUCCGCUCCGCUCCGCUUCGCUCCCCGCCGCCAUGUGGCUGCCGGCCGCCUGCCCGCUGCUGUUGCUGCUCGGCGCCCUGCGCCACGGUUCUGCCCAGCUGGUGUUCAGUACAGUAGAUUUUGUUGAAAGAGAUGCCUGUAAUACUACUGUCGUUUUACCUUGCCACGUGGUUAAUCUAAAGGAGCACGAAAGUAACAUCUUUGUUUCGUGGAAAAAACAAGGAAAAGUACUUUUUUCUUUUAACGGAGCAGAACAGCGUAUUUACAGGCAUGAGACGGUUCCAUCAGCUAACUUGCUGUCUCAGCAGGAUUUAUCUAAGGGCAUUGCCUCUCUAAAACUUAAAAGUUCGGAAGCAGAAGAUGGAAAUUACAAUUGUGAAGUAACAGAAUUAAACAGAGAAGGAGAAACAAAAGUUGAUCUUAGAACCGUCACGGUUGGCAGUUGUGGUGAGGAAAAAGCCCCAACACCAGACAAUAAAUGUGGGCGACAGUUUGACUUCGUGGAAAGUGUUGUCAUCUCGGUGUUGCUGUUCUUAAUUGUUGUUAUUUAUUGGGCUCAGUUAGGUGUUAUUGCAUUAAAAUAUGAAACUGUACAUAAGAAUAAGACGUAUGUUGCUGUAGGAUGUGCCAUCUUCACAGUUCUUGCUGUUAUAGCUGUUGUUCUUUUUGUCCAAGGUGGCAAUAUUACUAUCAGUAAAGUUGGUCUUGGUUUUGUUGUACUGCCUGCUGUGAUAUUGAUGGUGCUUCAAUACUAUAUAUUUAAAAUUGUUCUCGUUGAUGUAACACGUAAAGGAUAUGUUCUGAUAUGUCUUCAAAUUUUUGGUUUUAUAAUUGCUUUUGUUGGUUUUGCAUUGUGCAUCUCAGCCUGUCGUUCACAACUUCUGUCUGUUGUAAUUGCCGGCUUAGCUGUUAUGGCUGUUGAGGAUCUGCUUGCUCUGUUUUAUAUAUAUACUAGUUGUUCCAGAAUGAAAGAUCAUCAAACUCCAAGGAAAGCUGUAGAAGAACCACUAAAUGCAUUAAAGACAGAGACUGAAUCUACUGCAGAGAUGAGUGAUGGGUGAAAAGUACAUUGUUUAUACGCCGUGGCCUUGAAGAUGCACUACUCAAAGAGAAGAAAUUCAGGAAACUAGUUGUUUUGCAUGUGUGGCAAAAGUGCUUUUGAUAUAAAUGAUGUAAUUUUAUAGUCACAGCAGCUGUAGCGAGGAACAUGUGUGUUUGCCCAAGUGUGAUCUUCAUUUCUUUUAUUAUGGUAUAUAUGGUGUGGUUGAGGGUGAGAAUAUAAAAAGCACUGUUUGCCCACUAAAGCAUCUCCCUGCAGUAUACUUAGUGGUAUUACUUUUACAAAUUAUCACCAGUCACUGCUUUGAUAAUGGGCCUGCUCAGCCCGAAGAUUGCAAUACCAUUUAGACUAUUGUUUUCUUUACUUGUGUGCAUGGUCAAGGUAUGGUCAUAAUGUCCGUGAUAUGAACAGGAAGCAGGGAUCAUACAAAUACUUCUUUUCCAACAUUCAGGAAAACUUUUAUUUAAAAAAAAUUGCUUAUACAUAAAGUUACAUAAAUAUAAACUUUACUCCCAGUUCUCCUUAAAUGAUUAACCGAGUUACCCUAAUUCCACAGAAUGAUGAUAUUCCUAUCUAUGCACAGCAGUCACAUGCUGUGGCGACCAGUAUUUUAGUCCAGUGAGAGCUCUCUGUGCCUCGUAAGUAUUCUUUGACAAGAUACUGCUCAGCUCUUGGAGCCAAAUUCAGCACUGGAAUUACAGAGCAUAGCACCUAGUCGUUUUCAUGCUGAAAGUGUUUUUUGUGUUUGUUCAUGUUGUGCAGCAUGUGGUACUGGAACCAAUUUCAGUUUCUCUUAACUGACUGCAUUUGUAAAACUCUGAUGCUUCAGAAAAAUAGGAAUUGUCCUAUUAACAUAUUGUUAACAGUUUUAAAAUCAGUUUUCUUGAACAGAAAUUGCAGUUAUUUCAUUUCUGACCCAAGUUUGUGAUGCUGCCAUUACAUCACAAAUGCAUAGACUAGAAUAUAUGUAGGAGGAGCUGAUGCGAAGUGAGGAGGCUUCGUUGCUUUGUAUAUGGAAGUGGUACAGAUAAAAAAAAAAAAGUGUAGAAUCAAUUCUACAGGACUUGCACAUUCCAUGAGACUUUACAGUGUUUUACAGCUGCAUUUGUUCCAAUAUAGUUGGCUUCUUUUGAAUUUCAUUUACACUUUGUGGAAAUCUUUACACUGGCUCCAAUUUGUACUAAUAAAAUUGUAAUAAAAUCCACUUUUUUAAAAGAUUCUGAGUAAUGCGAUAAGUCCCAGAUUUGGAAGUUAUAAACUAGGGUUCAUAUCCGUGUUGUGGGUGUGUGUUGCAGAGAUCCACAUGAGAUCCUCCAAGUCUCAGUGCAGACACCUUGUAUCAAGAAUUCAGCAAAAUAAAAUUGAGAUAUCUAAUUUUACAAUAUUCUUUACUGCAAGGGCUGCAGGACUCAGCCACUAGAGCAACCCUUGGUCCAGCCCUUGCUAAAAUCAGUGAAAUUGGCCACAGUGGAGAGGGUUAUUCAUGUGAUAAAAUGUUUAAGAAGCAAAUAUGGUAUACGUUUACUUGCAUAACUUAAAGUUUGUCAGUGGGAGUAUUCAUAUAAGAUUUGAGCUUCCAAAUAUGAAUCUUUUUGAUGCAGGCUUUUCCAUAAUCAUAGCAAUCCACCUAGAGGUGGGAGACAUUUCUAUGUUACCAAUUCUGUGUAAGAGUUUACCUGAUCAGGUACCACGCAGAGCUCCUUGUUUGUAAGUAGUGAUUCCCUGUGGCAAGUUGAAAGUUGAGCAGUUGAAGAAGAAAAAAACAAGCACUGGAAUUCUUUUUGAGGUAUCCUGCCUUAUUAAAAACCAUAAUGUAUAAUAGCUUUAUGUUAACUACUGCAAAGCAAAUUGCAGUAGAACCUGUUGUGUGUCUCUGUGGUGAUGAGGCCAGCCUGUUACUAGGGCACUGCUGAAAAAUGUAGAACUCGGUGACUGUGUACAGACUGCAGAAUCAAUCGCUCCAGAAAUGGGAGAAACCUAGCGUGCUGUUGCUAAGGGCUCUGCUCCGGGUUUCUUGUAGGUACAAAUUUAAACAUGAGAGUUUAAAAAGUCAUUGACAUGCCCAGCCCUUUUCCACCAGUAACUUAAAACCAAAGUUCAUAACUGUUUGAUACCAUUCAUGGGUGUAUAUAUGCGUGUAUAUAUAUAUAAAUGCAUAGACAUUUUAAAUAUCUAUAGUCUUUACUCAAGCAAAUGUUUUUAUUUAUGAAACAUGAAAGGAUUUUGUAAAUAUUGUGUUAAUGUACUUUAAUUAAAGUCAUUUUAAGUUG